UAACAGAUAUAAACAUGGAAGUAUCUCUUCACGCUUUCCUCACAAGUCUGAGACACUCAUCCCCAAAGUUCGUGAUCGAAUCAGCAAAAUGAUCUUCAAGUUCUUUCUAUUUUCUUCGACGCUAGCGUUAUCGGCUUUAGCGGAGGCUUCGAAUGCCCCAGGUUCCACCUCAGAUCCGGUCCUUCUACUUAAAGAGAAGGGCAUCACGUCCGACCGGUUAGGUGAGACAUCCUUGGGUCUAAAAUCCGCUGAUUUGUGCCUUUGCCCUUUCGCUUGCGAUACCCUCGCCACUAUACUCGGCAAAAAUAGGACCGACACUGCAGGGCAAGCAUCCUACGAAGCUUCUCAAUCUAAGUUCUGGUCACUACAACAAUCAAAUGAAACCAAUCCGAGAUGCUUCGUUCACCCGGUCGAUGCUGAGGAAGUGUCUAUCAUAAUCUUAUUAUCCCGAGCCACCGGUUGCCCAUUCACUGCCAAAGGCGGUGGACAUACCGCUUUCCAAGGCGCCUCCAGUAGUCAAGGUGGCAUCACAAUCGACUUCGACCGAAUGAAGAAUGUAACUCCAGGUGCUGACGGAAAUUCUGUCGCCAUCGGUCCAGGAAGUACCUGGCUCGAUGUGUACACGACUCUAGACAAGUUAAACCUGACUAUGGCCGGCGGGCGGGCGUCUACAGUUGGGGUUAGUGGGUUAACGCUAGGUGGUGGCAUAUCAUUCUUUAGCGGGCUAUACGGAAUGACCUGCGACAACAUCAUCAAUUACGAAAUUGUUCUUGCAUCAGGCGAGAUCAUCACUGUCGAUGUGAAUACUGACGCCGACUUAUAUUGGGCUCUCCGAGGCGGCGGCGGCAAUUUCGGCAUCGUCACUCAAUUUAAUGCCAGCACUUUCGAGCAGGGGGAUAUAUGGGGAAGCACGCUUCUUUGGGAGAUGAACAGCACCAAAACUGCCUUGAUCGAUGCCUUCAUCAGCUAUGCUAUGAAUGGCUCAGAGGAAGAUCCAAAUUCAUCCCUCAUCUUGUCUUUCGCACACGUGCAAGAGAACCAAACGUGGGUUUCGGAGGCCAUGCUACAUCAUUCGGAUCCGCAACCAUCGGGUGAACACCCUCAAGUUUUUGACGACUUCGUGAGCAUAGAGAAUACGAUCCAAAAUAAUACGAGAAAUGCACCCAUUUCGAAUUUCACUGUCGAAGUUGACGCGAAUAGCCCGCCUGGUUCGCGCGAGAGCUAUUGGACCCUUACCACACACGCGGAUAAGCAGUUAGCCUUAGAUAUGCUGACCAUCUUCGAGGAAGAAAUAAUCCCGAUCCAGAAUCUCACGGAUUUUCUCCCUGCAUUCGUAUACCAGGUCAUAACGGUCCCUCAGCUCAAAGCUAUGACUCGUAAUGGCGGCAACACACUCGGUAUUGGUGGUAGCAAGAAGCCCCUUUUAUUAACCAACUACUGCGCAAGUUGGAUGCUCGAUUCAGACGACGUAUUGGUCCUAAAAGCAUUUUCUAAUAUGGUCUCCCGGAGUCAAGAAUUGGCGCGGGGACGUGGCCUAGAUCACCCCUAUCUCUACAUGAAUUACGCCAGUCAGUUCCAGGAUCCAUUAGGAAGCUAUGGUGCAGAGAACAGAGCUAGACUCAUGGAAGUUUCGAAGAAAUACGAUCCAUAUGGUGUGUUUCAAAAUUUGAAACUCGGAUAUUUCAACUUUGACGGGGCGCCAGUACAGAGCCAGCUAUCAGGAAACUCUACCAUAUAGGUAAAUGAUGGCAUAAACACAGUAUCUCAAGGACGACGAAAUGGAGC